AUGGCGCUGAGCUCCCACGAGAUCUCGCAGCUGCGGGCUGCGCUCCAGGAUGCAGUGAUCAAGUGCUCCGAGAGGUGCCUGUACCAAUCAUCAAAAUGGGCCGCCGAACUGCUUAACGCCCUCCCCGAAACCGACGAUGACGAUGAACAACCCGAGCCUGCCGAUGGCAAAUACACAUCACCCAUAUACACGCCCAACACAGACCCUGAUGAGGCAGCGCUUGAGGCUAAGGAGUUGAGCAAAUACCUCCUUGCCAAGUCCUUCUUCGACUGCAGAGAAUACGACCGAUGCGCCGCCGUCUUCCUCCCCGACUCCCUCCUCUCCAGCAUUCUUACAUCGCGAGGCGAGAACCCGGCCGCCUCGACAACGAAGAGUAAGGGCAAGUCCAAGGCAUCUGAAUCAUCCCGGUCCACGACCGUGGUACCUCUGCCCAAGAUCAGCCAGAAGAGCCUGUUCCUCGCACUAUACGCCAAAUUCAUGUCGGGCGAGAAGCGGAAGAACGAGGAUUCGGAGAUGGUCAUGGGCCCCCAAGACCUGGGAACGGUCACGAACAAACAACUUCUCGUGGUCGGGCGAUUCCUAGCCACCUGGUUCGAAGAGAGAGCCACAGAGGACGAGGAGGUUCAAAGCAGCCAGGGAUGGCUCGAGUACUUGUACGGGAUGGUUCUUUCCAAAGAGAAGAAUGACGAGAGAGCCCUGUCAUUCUUUAUUCGCAGCGUGCACAAAUACACCAUGAACUGGGGAUGCUGGUUGGAAAUGACGUCGCUAAUCUCCCGAGUUGAGGACCUUAACAACAUCUCAAGGCAUUGCCCUCAAAACAUUGUAUCCUACAUGUUCCACCUCCAUACGUCGCUGGAGCUGUAUCAACAAGGUCCCGGACUAGCCAGCUCCCUCGAGCAGCUUCUGUCCAUUUUCCCGACCUCAUCCUUCCUUCUCACUUGCAAUGCCUUAUUGGCAUAUCACGCGAAAGACUUGAUGGCUGCCGAACAGCACUUUAGUCGAUUAUUGUCACUCCAUCCCCAUCGACUCGAUUCGCUAGACCACUACUCCAACAUUCUUUACGUUUUAAACCUACGACCAAAACUCGCAUUCCUAGCACAUCUCUGUUCAAGUGUCGACAAGUUCCGUCCAGAAUCGUGUGUGGUCAUUGGAAACUACUAUUCUCUCCUCUCUAUGCAUGAGAAGGCUGUCCAAUACUUCAGACGCGCCUUGACAUUGGACAGAACAUGUCUCUCAGCAUGGACGCUGAUGGGCCACGAAUACGUUGAACUCAAGAACACACAUGCCGCCAUUGAAUCAUAUCGAAGAGCAGUCGAUGUCAACCGUCGCGACUACAGAGCAUGGUACGGCCUUGGCCAAACAUACGAGAUGCUUGAGAUGCACACUUACUCGCUGUGGUACUACAAGAAGGCUGCCGGCCUGCGACCCUGGGACGGCAAGAUGUGGAUGGCAGUCGGCUCAUGCCUACAGAAGAUGGGCAGAGAACGCGACGGCAUAAAGGCUCUGAAGCGAGCGCUCUUGGCCGAUGCAUACUACGACGUGGGAAGCAGCUUCGGAAGUGGCGGGGACCUUCUUGGUGGACGAAACGUGACAGGACACAUGGACCCGGAAAUUCUCUUGCAGAUUGCCGCUAUGUACGACCAGCUGGGUGAGGAGGAGGAGGCCAAGUCAUAUAUGGAACUCUGUGUGGCCCAGGAGGACGGCGGUGCAGCUGCUGAGGUUGACUUGGCCGAGUCCAUAGCUAUCCACAACGACUCCCCUCCUGGAUCAGACAACGGCGCCGAUGGCGAAGAGAAAACAGGCAACGAAGGCACGGGUGUCACAGCAGCCACUAGCAAGGCCCGGAUGUGGCUCGCCAAGUUUGCCAUGCGCACCUCGGACUACUCCACAGCCAAUCGUCUUGCCGCAGAGCUCUGUCAGGACGGGGUCGAAGUGGAGGAGGCGAAGGCGCUUGUACGAGAGGUGAGGUCACGGAUGGAGGCUUCUGGGAUGCUUGACCCGCAGAGCUAG